AUGCAUUCAAGAGCAGAACAAAAAAGAUCAAAAGAAGGAACUCCACUUAGCUACUCUAUUUGAUCGUUUAGUCAAUUGUAAAUUCUAUUAUAGAGAUGAAGCCAAAAGAGGUGGAACAGCUCCAGGUCCUUCAGAAAAGAAUUUCUCUUACCCAAAAAAACUUCCAGCCAGCUCUCACAAGUUUACAGUGAAUUCUAUAAACUCUCCAAUCCUCCCACAAAGUAGCAAAUUUUCUAUGCGAGGGUCUGGCUGAAACUCCUCAGAUAUCCGAGCCCCUGUAAAAUUGCUAACCAUAAGGCGAGAAAAUCCUAAACUCAGCACUUUAAAACCCCCAGAAGAUCUAAAAAGGCCAUUAACUAUCAGUUACCAAGUCCCAGAAAUUACAAAACUUAAUGAAAACAAAAAGCAUAGGCCUCCUCCAAAACACAAAACCCCUCCAAAAGCGCUUAAUUUAUAUCUGCCAGCUGGCAGCUGUACCCCACCUGAAGAAAUUGCUACAAAAGACAUGUUUGAAAAAACAUGGUCUAUCUGCCCAAAAGAGCCAGAACACAAUGAGCCACAAUAUUCCGACCGAAAAACGACAGAAUCCCCUACAUUUAAGCAUGCCUGAGAUGAAGGUGUAACAAGGCCAAAAACCCAAAACGAAAAAACAAGGAGAAUGCGCCUUUUAGCAGCUCAAGAAAAAGUGCAGCCAUUAUUCGGAAACGACAUAAUAAAAAAUCCUGACAAAUUAUACGAAGUUCCUAUCAUUUUAAAUAGAGACGAAAAAUACACCCGACGAAUUUUUAGCGCCCACAUAAUAGAAACAAACAGUCCAAAAUCCAAGCCAGCUUCUUAUAAAACCGUGAAAGCUGCUUUUCAAUCAUCUUUAGAUGGUGAUUUUUUAAACCUUUUUGAGUCAACAUCAUAA